AUGCUUCGUCCUCCCAACAUAGAUCCCCCUCAGCGGCCACUGAGCAUCAUGACGACGGCCACGUCGGCCUCGGGCCAGGACAAAACUGGAGCGACGUGGGCGACUGCUGUGACAGACGAGAACGCUUGGGAAGACCUCAUACUCACACUGGAUGGCGGCGGCAUACGAGGCUACGCAAGCCUACUCAUCCUCAAACGUCUCGUGCAUGAAAUCGUCAAAUGUGAACGGCGGCUGCAAGAAACAGAGGGCCCGAUAAAGGACAGUCCACGGCAAUCCUUCAACGAGGAUGAACUACUCCUCUGCCAUUACUUCGACUAUAUGUACGGCACCAGCACAGGUGGCCUCAUAUCAGUCAUGCUGGGUCGGCUACGGAUGACGGUGCCUCAAUGCUUGGAGAUAUAUCGACAGGUGGGAAACGACUUGUUUGGGCAUCGGAGAAACGUGCUCCCCUUGGCGACCAAGUACCGGCACAAGCCUCUGGAGAAGGCCGUCCAAAGGAUAGUGAAAGAGUACUGCAAACAUCACGAGAAUUGUGACGGGCUAGACUGGCACCCUUGGAACGUGGAUGAGAAGGAUGCGCCGACUUCGUCUUCUGCAAGCACGACAGGGGAGACAUAUCGCAUCUGCCAAUCGAUCUGCCUCACAGCAACUCGGUCCGGCCAACUUGAUGAAGCCUACCUCCUGCGAACGUACGAUCACCGCUAUGACCCCGAGAUUUGCCCUAUUUGGUUGACUCCAUAUAAUGAAGGUGCCGACAAGCUGAAGAUUUGGCAAGUCACCAGAGCCACUUCCGCGGCGCCCUUCUUUUUCAAAAUGCUCGAAGCUGAUUUCGGCCCACAACGCGGCAAGGUUGGCUUCAAGGAUGGGGGUAUUAGGGAGAACAAUCCCUCCUACGCUGCCUAUAGUGAGCAUGCGUCCCUCAGGGGCGAUGAUCAUGAACCUGCUCUCCUGCUUUCCGUCGGUACGGGACGCCCUGAUACGUCCCACGAUGGCUUCGCCGCCGCAUGGCCUGGUCCCUUUGGCAAGGUGCCACUAGUGAAGCAGUGGUCGGAGAAGAUUGCCGUGUUCAAAAAUCUGCUCAUCAAGUAUACAGAAGGAGAAGACCGACACAAGAUGAUGAGGACCAUCGCCAAGGGCGAGCACAGGUGGUACAAGCGCCUCAACGUCAACAAAGGCCUCGAGAACAUGAAGAUGGAUCAUUGGGAAAGCGGCCACUGGACCGACCCAAGUACCGGCAUCAAGAAGGUGGUACCGGGUGGCAAGUCGCUGACUCGCAUGGAAGAGGCGACACACGCCUACCUAGACCGGAAUGAGGCGGAUAAGACGCUGCUUGAAUACCAGCCUCCCAAAGUGGUCCUGCAGCAAGUUGCCGAGCGAUUGGUGCGACAUAGGAGAGCGAGGGAAGCGACCAAGCAUCAGGACCUGAAGAGGUGGGAAACACACAUGGGACAGUAUCUGACGGGCACCCGGGUUGAUCACGAGGAUGGCGCGGUGAAAAAAUAG